UUUGUACUCGUUAAGCUUUUCCUAAUAAGUUUUUCCCUUUCCUUGUUGCAGUAUUUGGAUUGGAAGAAUUGUUUUAGAAAUGAUUUUGAACAAUAAUUAUCUGUAGCUUUAAGGAAUUGCUUUUCCUCUGUCGUUGGUGCUUUGUGUUAUUAGAAGACAUAAAGAUGAGCUACUGGAAAGACAAGGUUCUUCCAAAGAUCAAGAAGGUUUUUGAAAAAAAUGGACCCAAAAAGGCUGCUGCUGCUGAGGCCUGUGAGGCCUUUGAUGUGGCCAAGGAGCAGUACAGCAAAGAAUUCGAUGAAAAGAAGACUGAGCUCCAACCUAAAGUCGUUGAAAUCUAUGAAGCUGCUGCAGCUGAGAUUAAGACUUUGGUGAAGGAACCAAAGGUUGCAGGACUGAAGAAACACUCAGCUGGAGUUCAGAAAUUCCUUGAUGAGCUUGUCAAUAUUGAAUUUCCGGGAUCCAAAGCAGUCAGUGAAGCAAGCUCGAAGUUCGGGCCUUCCUAUGUAUCAGGUCCCAUAAUCUUCGUGUUAGAGAAAGUGUCCACGUUUGUAGUCACCGAAGAUAAGAAAGAAGAGGAAGCAGCCACAGCAGCAGCAGUAGAAACAACUGGCACAGUAGCUGAAGAGGUGAAGGAGAAGGACAUAGUGGUUGAAGCUGGAGAUGAGAAGAAAGAGGAAGCAGAGCCAGCAACAGAGACAACCAAAGUUGAAGAAGUACCUGCUGCGGUAGCAACUGAACCACCAAAGGCAGCUUGAUGAAUGACCAGUAAAUGAUAAGCAAACCCUGUGUGUAAAAGUAUUUUUCUUUUAAAUAUUAUCUCUCUGUGUAAAAGUAUCCUCUUUUCUCUUUUUGGCCAUUGUAUUUUUACUGUAAGAAAGAAGACAUAAAACAUGAUUUGUUAUUCUUUAUAAUUGCCCUCUUCA